CCGACCAAAACAAAUGCGUUGUGGUCAGCCCUCCGACUUGAGAUCCCACGGUUCGAUGCGCUCGCUUGGGUUGACGACGGUUCUAGUUCAAGUUUGAUUUUCCGUGGCUUGGGGUGGACGGCGUGUUAUAAUAUUCACUUAAGUUACCCACCUUAAGCAGAACAUGUUGGGCUCUGAGGAGGCGUCAGCGCCGUCGGAGCCGGAGCCGCCGCCAGAGGCCGUCAAACCCGCCGCCGCCGCUGCUGACGCGCCGGAGGACGCCCCGGACGGCCGGCACAGCCGCGUGGCGCCGCUGGCUCCGUCUCCGGCCGUCAGCCACGUCUCGCUGGUGGAGCUGAGCCUGGAGGAGGACGGACCGGCCGCCGGCGGCGACUGGACGGCCGGCGCCGCGCCGCGCGUCCGCGGCCUCGACAAACUGCAGGAGCUGGAGCGCGAGCUCGGAGCCGCCCAGCAGGAGCUCAAACUCAAGGACGAGGAGGUGGCCAAGCUGAAUCGGAUCCGCAACGAGAUCGAGGCAGAAAUGGAGGAGCUGACCGCCAGUCUGUUCCAGGAGGCCCACAAGAUGGUGCUGGCGGCCAACGAGAAGCAGGCCGCCGCCGAGAAGGCUCUGCAGGAGGCCACGAUGAAGAUUGACGUGUUGCAGGCGGAGGUGGCUGCGCUUAAGACGCUGGUCAUCACGUCCACACCGAGCCGACCGAACGCCCACCUGCACCCCCAGAUCGACCUGGGAAAGUCCAACGGUAUCAAGAUCUGGAAGAAGGGUCACCACCGGUCUCCGUCGAACCAGGAGCUGACGCGUCCGGACGCGUCUCCUCCCUCGUCACCGGCCCGCUCGCCGCCGCAGCAUCUGGCCGCCCCGGAGCACAUAGACGAGGUGGACCCGCGGCUGCUGUCGGAGGUGUCCGCCUGGCGCGAGUCGCCCUCCGUGGAGCUGACGGCGCCGUUCGUGCGGGACGUCUACCGCGAGGACAUCGAGCCGUGUCUGCGAUUCGCCACGCCGCAGCUGACCGAGAAGGUGACGUCGGCGGUGCUGCAGAACUCUGUCUGCAUAGAGGAGGUGUCCUCCGGCCUGCGCGGCCCCAACUUCCCCAGCAGUGACGAUUCCAGACGGUGUGCGCUGCUCAACGUCCACCGCACGUGCCGGUACCGGAUGAAACUGCCCGGCGAGACGGGAUGGAUGGACAUCUCGCAGAUCUGCCGAAACCGGAUAACAGCCGUUUGCGACUUCCUCAACUACCUGCGCUACAUCGAGCGCGGCAUGGUCAAAGGCUCCGUGAUCGACAUCUACCGGGAGAUCAUGCGACUGAGGCGCAACAUGGCCGUGGCGCGGCUCGGCUUCACCACCUGAGUGUCCAGCGGCGUUCUACCGAAGGCUGGCAGUCGUUCUACCGGCUGCUGGAUGUUCUACCGACUGGUAGUGGUCGCUCUACCAAUGGCAGGUGGACGUUCUACCGACUUUGAGCGGACGCAAUGUUGGAGUCUUGACAGACAUCACUCGACCAAGCUUAGCCAAGUUCUCGUGACUGCUAUUGAAGCUGAGGUAUGGUCUGAGCGGGUUCACGGCGGUCGUAGGCUACGUUCGCUGUACGACAAACAGCUGUAGGUCCCCAGGUGAAGUCUUGCCGUGCCUGUGGCAUACUUUGGUCAGUGACUAGCAACACUGAUCCGGCCGGAAACGAGAUGUCAUUUGAACAGAACAGGGUUUCAUAGACAACACUCGCCACAUCGGAUUUACAACAGUUUUGGCCUUUUUACUUCAGUUUUAUAUUCGGACUUGACCCUAUUGUGAUGCAUGAAAAGACUCCUCGCGUUAUUGGUGCGUUCAGAUACUCCACAGCUGAGGUAUGGUGCUUGCUUAGCAAGCUGCGCUGGGUUUGGGUGAUGUUCACGGUCCAUGACAUGAGCCCGGCGGGGGCGACUCAGGCUGAGGGUCUAACCCUGUGAUGUCGGUCUCUGGGGCGGUGUGUGUCCUCUCGGGACGGUGGUUGAGAGUCACUGAGAGAGGGCGGUAGGCUGAUCGGGAGGGGCGCGCCGCGCGGCUGUGGACGCGCUGGUAUCUGGAGAAUCUCUUUGGUCAGGGCUGGUGAUUCCGUGGGCCGCGCGGGCCCGGGCGGCUGUAUAUUUAUGCACAUCGGGAGAGCUCAGUGUUGGCGGGUGCCGCUCUCGCCUCCGGAGAAGGCUGUCGUUGUUGAAGACGGUGUCUGUAUCGGUGGUUCGUUGUGUAUCUGUGGCGCAUCUGUGUUAUUUCUGUGGUACGAUUCCGACGGAGCCAGGACGUGGAGGCAGUUGGUGUUGUUAGGUGUAGUGACGCUGUUGGUGGGUUCCGAGAGCGCCAGAGAACAGCGACUCGGUUCGGGUGAUUCGUUUAUGCAUGAUUUAGGUUGUGAUGGAUUUAGUGAUGGUCACAUAUUCUCAGCCGAGAUUGGCCCGCGGGGUCGCCGUGUGGGACCGGCCCGGGCGCGGUCGGCGCGUUCUGUUCCAGUUCCGCGGCAGCAGCUCACUGAUGUCGGAUGCUGCCAGUGGUGCGGACCGAACUUCUUGUGGCUUUAAUCUGGGCCCAAUCGACUCGUUAUCUGUGUUGUACUCUGCACACUGAGCACUAAAUGUAUUUAUUGCUUACUCCCCUGCACUGUGCGUGUUAUACUACGCGCUAUGUAUCGUUAUGCAUCGCCGUCUUCCCUUGACAACUCUGGGAGUUUGAUCCUUUGUUUCUUUCCCGGACACAAGCUCAGCUAGUCUCAUGACAACAUCCAGACAAACGUUUACAAUUUUAGGCACGAUAUUUUCCUGUCGUGUUGAUGCUAAACUACACAUAUGUUGGAUUUUUUCGUUCGCCCGAUCGUCUACAAACAUAUUCUUUAACCCGUGUUCGGUCUUAAUUUCAUUGAGCUAGUCUUUGCUUAUAUGUAAUGCUGUCCGUUCGUUCUCCCUCCCGGAUAGCUACUUAAUCGUUAUAGACAGUCUUUUUUCAUUGUGGAGGUCGUUCGAAUGUUGUUAGGUUUGGAGACGUCAUGCCGUGUCCUUCGAAGUUGUUCCGUAAUGAGUUACAAAUCUUCAUUUUGUUGACAUUCGUAUGUACCUAUAUGGCACAUUUGUUCGUAUGUGUGUGUAGUUCACGAUGAACUCCAUUUAUAAGCCGUGAAAUUGCCAGGCUAACUGAAGUUAGUUGUGACAUGGACAGCGGUUGCUUGUGACUUGAGGCUCGCGACCGGAGAUAUGUCGUUCUCAAUGUGUGGUUGUCUCCGUUUUAUCGAUAUAUUUUGUUACAGCUGAUUUUUGUCCGGUUCCUUCGAAAUGUGGAGCCUGUGCCAAAGCCAAUAGCUACGAUUGAUGGUGUCUUCCAGAGCAAGUGGUCAUGACGCCACGCACUUCUCGCAUGGAUCGCAAUCUCAAAAAUAGAUAUUGACUUACUAUUGCAAGUUUAUGCACGUAUAUGUGACAACUGACAACAUCCUUUAGAAUUACUGCGUUGUUGUGAAUUGAUGAUGUAUGCAUUACAGAUGCAGGUCUGGAGACUGUAUCCAGCUCAGUUCUGACUUCGCUCCAUUUUCGAGUGCACGUUGUGGACGCCUCGUCUCGUUCGGCGGGCGUGCGUAUACUAUUUGGUCGCUGUGACCAUUAUUUUCCGUGAAUACAUUGUCAUCUGGAGA